AUGUCGACGAGCAGGACCGCCUCGCUCCGGCUCGACUUUUUGGUCAUCGGCGGGGGUGAGUUUCUGCUUUUUUUCCUUUUUUUCUUUUGGCCCGCCUUUUCCGCCUCGGCCCCAUUUCAGUGUGGCGGGUUUCCCCAAAUUUGGGUCUUUUUUGCGGCGCUGACGCACGUGCUAUAUCCAGGCAUAUCGGGUCUCGCCGCCGCCUUCGCCCUCGCCCGCGCGGGGCACAGAGUGAGGGUGCUCGAAAAGUCGGAGACGGGGUUGGGGAGGAAGGCGGGGGGCGUGCGCGUGCCGCCGAACUUGAGCAAGAUCCUGGUGGAGUGGGGGCUGGAGGACGAGCUGUCGCAGUCGACGAUCCGGUGCAAGGGCUCGACGUUCAACAGCCUCGAGACGGGGGAGACGAUCGGGUAUCUGGAGUGGAACGAGGACGUUAUGAAGGAGACGGGCGGGAGCUUCUUGCUUAUGCAUCACGAGGAUCUGCAUCGGAUGCUUCACAGGCUUGCCACCGCCGCCGGGGCCCAGGUCGAGUUCGGGAAGGGCGUGCGGGCGGUGCAUGCGCCACCGGAAGGCCAAGGGCAGCAGCCGUCCGUCGAGCUCGAGUCCGGAGAGGCGGUGAGCGCGGACAUCAUCAUCGGCGCGGACGGGUACCGGAGCAUCGUGCGACCGGUGGUGCUGGGCGAGGAAGACCAGGGCGAGGACGUUGGGAUGAGCGUAUACACCGCGACGAUACCCAUGUCAGCGAUGAUGGAGGAUCCCGAUCUCAGGCAUUUCGCAGAGGCGCCAGAGUGGCCAAUGUGGAUGGGCGACGGACGGAGUAUCCUUGGUGCGAUAUCGGAACAGCGGCCUGGACAGGUCUAUAACGUGCAUCUCUUUUGGCCGGAUAGCGGCAGCGACGCAGAGGAAGGCUGGGAUCAGGAGGUCCCGAUGGAUAUGGACUUUGGAGCUUACGACCUAAGGAUACAAAAAUUGAUGAAACUCGUGCCGAGCGCCAUACGGACCAAAGUCGUCAAUCGGGAGAUGAUCGAGGAGUGGGUAGACGAGUCGGGGAGGAUCGUGCUGAUCGGCGACGCCGCCCAUCCGACUCUGCCGGGUUCCACCCACGGAUGCAGUCUCGCGCUGGAAGACGCCGCCGUGUUUGGCACGCUCUUCUCACGCCUGAAGAACUGGGACCAGGUACCGCAGCUGCUGGAGGCGUACCAGGACCUGCGCCAGUUGCGGUGCACGGCGGUGAAUCAACGCGAGGUGGCGAACAAGGAGCUGGUGCAGAUCCCGCCGGGGCCGAUGCGGCAUAACCGCGACGAGGAGAUGCGCAAGGCGAUGCAGUCCGGGCACGACCACUGGGACGAGAGCAAGCUGAAGAAGCAGUGGGACGAGAUCGCGGAGGUGUUCGCGUAUAACGCGUUCGACGCGAGCGACGACUGGUACGUCAGUUGGGGCGCGAUCAUGGAGGCCAGCCGGGCGAGGGCGGCGUGCGACGACCUGAGCGUCCAGGUCGAGAUCGCCGACGCGCCCGCCGCGCCGUGA